AUGAAUAACAACUAUCCAUCAAUAAUAACUGUUGAUCAUGAAGCUAAUUCUCGUCUUUAUGAAACAUCCUAUAAUACUUAUAUACCCUAUCCGGAUUAUACAACAACAGCAUCGAAAUUAGAAGCAUUUGAUUAUAAUUAUUGGCCAACUACAACACAUAAUAUUUUAGCAAUUCCUCCAUCUUCAACAACAAAUUCAAUUAUAGAUCAAAUUCAAACAACACCAUCAUCAUCAAUAAAUCAAAGUAUUGAAACACUUGGAUCAAGUCCAUCUGUACAUUUAUCACAAAUAAAUACAUCAACAACAAUAUCAGCUACACAUCAUCAUCAUCAUAUUCAUCAACAUCUUUAUCCUACAAAUGAAUCAUCCAAUUGGCUAACACCAACUGAAUAUCAAUCUCCAACAACUUAUCGACAUUAUAAUUAUCCAAAUAAUAAUGUAUGUGAUCAAUCCCAAUGGUCAACACCAACACUUCCAAUGAAAUAUGAAUCUUCCUAUAGUCCACCACCAUAUUAUGAACCAUCAUCACAUAAUCUUGAUCAACCAUUAUCUGAUAGUAAAGAAGAACCAUCAGAUUCUUCAUAUACGAAAUGUCAUGAACAACAAAUGAAUUGGUUUAAACCACAAUUAACUCCGGUACCACCAAAAAAUCCAACAAAUGGAAAAACUCGUACACGUGAUAAAUAUCGUAUUGUCUAUACUGAUCGUCAACGGUAUGAACUUGAAAAUGAAUUUACUAUAUCAAAAUAUAUUUCAAUACCACGUAAAGCAGCUUUAUCAUCAACUUUAGGAUUAAGUGAAAGACAAAUUAAAAUUUGGUUUCAAAAUCGUCGUGCAAAAGAACGUAAAAUAAAUAAAAAACGGCAAGAAAUCUGUUCAAGACAAUUAAAUAAUUCAAACGAUGCUGAUUCAGCGAGUGACGAUGAUCUUGAAAGUCCGACUUAUUACCAAAAUUAUGUGUGA